AUGUCCGAGGAGGAGACUCGUGAGCUGAUUGCUCGUCAGCGGAGCGCCUUGUACGGCGAGGGCCAAUUUGCCGAGAAGGGAGGCUACGUCGAUGAGAACGGAGUCGUGCGCCCCGGCGUCCCGACCCACAGCGGCCCAUCCAGCCUGCGUGGACAGUCGCCCUUGACCUACGAUGCCACUCGCGGCCCGCCUCCUCACGGUGACGCCCACACGCCCGUCUCUGCUACUGAUGUCGGCCCCGGUCCCAUCGCGGGACCCCCGGCUGACCAGGGCUCUCGUGGUGGUAGCACCACCAGCCCCCAGCCCAACGCGUCGAACAGCAACAAGAGCGCAUUCGAGUCGGCUGUGAGCCAGGCUGCGGCCCGCACCAACAACUCGUCGCCUGGUGGCUCUCCGCCACGCCAGGAGCUCCCGGCUGGGUCCAAGCCGGCACAGACGGUUGCUCCUAUUGGCACGCGACCUUCGGGAACUCCGAGCGGAGCUUCGACCUCGUCCUCGAAGAGAUCCACUACCCCGUUGGCCUCUCCUGGCGGCUGGGGUCGCGGAAACGGUGUGUGGGGUCCUCAGUCUUCGAGCCUCAGCCAGCCUCCUGCUAGCGUCUGGGGCUAG